AUGAAGAAUGGACGUUUGGUUAUCGAUGACGAUUACGUCCACGGUGGUUCUAGCAGUGAUGAAGUGGAGAGGAUUGUGUUCAACAGGGAGAUCCCGACUGCGGCGAUUGAGACAACAGAAGGCCAAGAAACGUGCAGAGAUAGCGUAAAUUUGAUGACUCCUCUUCGCGCGGAAACUCUCCUGCAAGGGCUGCAGGACUUUCGUGACCACAUGUUCGCGGGUAGCACGCGGUCUCCCUGUGCCGUGUGCGAUAGGCUGACUUUGGUACGACGUCAUCAUCAUGUGAUUUCAGCAAGCGAGAUUCCUAACAAACAGCUGUUAUGGGCGGAUGAAGGGCAUGAGAGGGUGAUGGCAACUUUUCGUGGUUAUGCAGGCGACACGAAGCGAGAGUUAGAUACCCUUGUCCUAAGUAAGUUCGGAAUCGAGUCAGAGGAACCGUACAAGAUACAUGUAUGCGACGAGUGUUACCGGUCGUUGGCGAGGAACAUUUUACCUGAUGCUGCUUUGGCGAACGGGUUUUGGGUCGGUACCUUACCCGAUGAGCUGCAGAAGGCAACGUUCGUCGAGCGAGCCGCUGCGUAUCCAAUUCGCACAAAGGGUCACGUUGUAGCAUUGGAAUCCAGGCGUGUUAACAACAUUCCUGGAACGGCAAAGAGGUCAAUGCGAGGAACAUCUGUGUUUUACGCAAACAACUCGAGCUCCGUCGCGACGGAGUUACCUUUGGCGGCGACUGGUCUGCUGGAUAUGAUCACGGUGGUGCUAGCGGGGAAAAAGAAACCGANGGGAAUCCAGGCGGACAUAACCGACUGCAUGCUCGACAAAGAAGAGAAACUUGUCGUCGGGUUUCCUCUGGCGAAAUCUCUUCUUAUCAGUGAAGAGAAUCUCGAUUCGUAUAGCGAGAAUGGCGCUAUCCCAAAGGUGCUGUUGGAUUCAAUUCUGACAUCGAACGAUCCAUUGAAUGUGCACGCAAGGGUGUCUUCUACCUACANAAUAUUAGACGCCUUCUGUCCAUAA